AUGGCUCGAUCUAGAACCUCCGCAAAGCGAGUGGCUCAGUUCGGAAGCGUCGCAAAACGACUGGUUCGGUUUGGAUCCUUUGCCAAAAAAAACAAACCCAACCAAUGGCUUGAUCUAGAACCUUUCGCGAACCGAAUGGGCCGACCUAGAACCUCCGCCAAAUGAGUGGGUUGAUCUAGAACCUCGCCAAGCAAAUGGGCUGAUCCAGAGCCUCGCCAGACGAGCGGGUCGAUCUAGAGCCUCCGCCAAGCGGGUGGGUUGCUCUAGAGCCUCCGACAAACGAUUGGCUUGAUCUAGAACCUCGCCAAACGAAUGGGCUGAUAUAGAACCUCGUCAAGCGAAUGGGCUGAUCUAGAACCUCGCCGGACGGGCUGAUCUAGAAUCUCCACCAGACGAAUGUGUUGAUCUAGAACCUCCGCCAAACGAGCGGGUCGAUCUAGAGCCUCCGCCAAACAGAUGGGUUGACCUAGAAUCCCCACAAAACGAGCGGGUCGAUCUAGAGCAACCGCCAAAUGAAUGGGUUGACCUAGAACCUCCGCCAAACGAGCGGGUCGAUCUAGAGCAACCACCAAACGAAUGGGUUGACCUAGAACCUCCGCAAAACAAACGGGUCGAUCUAGAGCAACCGCCAAACGAAUGGGUUGAUCUAGAACCUCCGCAAAACGAGCGGGUCGAUCUAGAGCAACAGCCAAACGAAUGGGUUGACCUAGAACCUCCGCCAAAUGAGCGGGUCGAUCUAGAGCCUCCGCCAAAUGAAUGGCUUGAUCUAGAGCCUCCGCCAAGCGAAUGGGUUGACCCAGAGCAUCCGACAGACGAAUGGCUUGAUCUAGAACCGCCGCCAAACGGGCGGGUCGAUCUAGAACCUCGUCAGACGGAUGGCUUUAUCUAG